AUGCGGGCUGUGUUGUGGACGGGUGGUAGCAGUAACGUCUCUUUCGUCACGAGCUGCGCUUGCAGGGAGAAGAACAGAUCACCGAUCGUCAGCUGUAGCGCGUCGUUGUCGUCGUUUGCUGGUGAUUUCCACAGGAUACCAGACAGGAAGAUCUUGACAUCGACCGACGAGAGCUGCCAGUACGCUGCUGACGAGUGCGGUGGCUGUGACCGUUGUCUCGCCCAUGACCACGGUGCCUUGGAUGCCGAGCUCGCACUGCCAGUCGGCCGUGCUGGUGGGACGAACGGCACUGGCGGUCAUGGACACGUUCCGAACCGUGAUGUCGUCGUUGAGGGCCCAAUCAAAGCCAGCGCGGAAGGCAAAGGAGACUUGUUUGAGAUGGAAGGACUUGUCUGGGCUGCGGUGCAUGACCAAGGUCGCUUCCGAGACGCAACUGGCAUCGCCCGUGUUGAGCUUCGUGCUCACAUCGGCAUCCAGGGACGCUGUGAGGGAGGCGUAGCUGGGCGCGACUGGGAAGGCAGCGAGGAAGUCGCUGGCGCCAACGCCGUCCAGUAG